AUGGAGGGAGCAUCGAAAGGCAAACGAUACCAAAUUACCGCGCCUCCGAUUGAUCCGACGAAGAAGGCGGACGAAGAAGCCGUCGAGCGUGAAAAACUCGAAACACACCCCGAUCAAGUUUCAACUUCUUCCUCGAUUCAUCCAGUGCUCAAUGAACAUGGGCAACAAGGUCACGGCGAAGAGGAGGAUAUGAUGGCUGGCAUAAAGGGGGACAUUAGAGCUAUUAAGGAGGUCUUCGCCAUGGAUGAAGUGCCACGAGAAGCUCUAUAUCUCGGCAUGGCAGGCGUUAUUCCAUACCUUGCAACAUCGCUCACAACUGUCUAUCUCGCCUGGGAUAUAAAUCACGCCGAUCUUACAGGCCACGGCUUUCUACUUUCGGGUCAGACUGCUGAGGCCGCUCUACGGAUCGUCGAACCGCUUCAAGUCGGUUAUGGAGCAGUGAUCAUCUCUUUCCUCGGUGCAAUCCACUGGGGACUUGAAUGGGCCAAAUACGGGGGAGUCUCACGCUAUAAACGCUACGCCUACGGUGUUCUAGCACCAGCAGUGGCAUGGCCAACAAUGCUUCUUCCCGUGGACAUGGCUUUGAUCUCCCAGUUCCUGGCUUUUACGCUCUCGUAUUUCGCUGAUAGCAAAGCUGUUGUCAGAGGCUGGGCGCCUCCCUGGUAUAGUACCUAUCGGUUCGUGCUGACUGUCUUCGUUGGUUCAAGUAUCGUCAUCAGCUUAAUUGGUCGAGGCCAGAUCGUGGACAAACUCAACAGAAUGCCAAAUCCGGCUGAUAGAAUCCAGAAGUUGAAAAAUAUACAGCUUGAGGAGAUGGAAGCUGAGGAGAGGUACAAGAGAGACAGGAUCGCUGAAGAAGACGACGAGAGUGAAGAGAGCGGCGAGGAAGAAGCAGAAGGGGAAGAAGAGGGAGGCGAAGAGGAAGAUUAG